CUAAUAACAAAAUUCAAACAAAAAACUUCAGUGGAAAAAGUUUGAUUCUUGUCACAUUCAAUAAUUUUCUUGCAUCACUAUACAUGGAUUUUCCGGAAAUGAAAUCAAUAAAUACUACAGUUAUCUUGUGGUCUUCAACAUGUUUAAUUGUUGCUACUGCAAUACUAAUUACUUGCAUAACUUGUAGAAAAAAAAGAAGAGGAGGUCACAGAGAAAGAGGUGGACCAACUGAGAAUGAAUAUCAUACACCAGAAGAUGUAAAUAUUCAACAUGAAGGUUUAGGCAGCGAUAAUGUUUAUGCACUUCCGCAGCCCAACAUAGUAUACACAGACUUGGAUUUACUUGCAUUGAAAUCUGGGCGAAAGCGUUUACCUAGUGAACCAGCAACACAAUAUGCAGAAAUUGACGAAGAAAAAUUGAAUGCUGCAAGACGAGAAAGAGAAGAAAGAAUUUAUCAAAACGUAGACAAAGAAGUAAAAUCCAGUCCAAUUUACGAUAAUGUAAAUGAAAUCACAGUUUGAAAGCCCUUAUAAUAAACAUUGUCAGUUUUCAUAUAAUCACUGAAUGCAAUGUUUAGUGAUAGAUUAAGAAUAUCAACAUAUGAGUCAAAAUCAUUCUUUAAUGGGGAUUUCUUAGUUGUAAAAUAACUUGACACAAUCUUAUCGUGAGAUAGAUAUUAACAUAAUCUCCUUCCAAAAAAACACUAAUCCAGUUUCUUUAUUUUAGCGCGAGUUUUAACCAGAGAAUUUUUUGUGAGUAGAAACUGAUUAACACUUGCUUUGGCAAUCAACUGUCUCUCAACUUUUAA